GGGUCGCACGGCAUCGAACAGUCUGCUAGUGAUAGACACGAAACUUUGGAAGACCUGACAUGAACCCAGGAAGCUAAAGUACACUAAAACCUUGUGAUUAGUAAACAACAUACAUUUAAGAAGAGAGAGCAAAGGUAAGAGUGAAAACAUCUGGACGGACGAAGAGAGCAAGAGAGGCGGAGAAGGAAAUAAGGCUGUGGCAACAGGGAGUCAUUGAGAAGAAGCACAUGGUGUAAAAAUGCCUACUAAUUUUACGGUGGUCCCGGUAAAGGACGGUUCACAAAAGGCAAAAGAGACGAUUGAAGAGGAAGACGGCAUUAAAGACAAUGACCUAAAAGAUGAUGUGGACGUUGAAGGUGAUGGCGUCCCCAAGGAAAACAGUCCAUUCAUCAACAACACAGAAAACGACAAGAGCAACAGUUAUGAUGGCACAAACAUGGCACUCUUUGAGGAGGAGAUGGACAGCAACCCCAUGGUGUCAUCGCUUCUCAAUAAACUGGCAAAUUACACCAAUCUCACUCAGGGGGCGCAGGAACACGAGGAGGCAGAUGAAGAGGAGAGUUCCAAGAAGAAAGCUGUCAAGAGCCCUCAGAUGGGGACAUUCAUGGGCGUCUAUCUCCCCUGCAUCCAGAACAUUCUGGGAGUAAUCCUGUUUCUUCGUCUUACCUGGAUUGUGGGCACAGCUGGUAUUUUAGAGUCCUUGGCCAUUGUUGGCUUGUGCUGCUCGUGUACCAUGCUGACCGCAAUAUCCAUGAGUGCCAUUGCCACCAAUGGUGUUGUGCCAGCUGGGGGCUCCUACUAUAUGAUCUCUAGAUCACUUGGUCCUGAGUUUGGUGGAGCUGUGGGCCUUUGCUUUUAUCUGGGUACGACAUUUGCUGGCUCAAUGUACAUCCUGGGUACUAUAGAGAUUCUACUGACUUACAUCGUGCCUAAGGCGGCCAUCUUUGUGGCAGAAAAGAAGGAGGAUCAGGUGGAGGCCCUCCUGAACAACAUGCGUGUUUACGGCACAUGCUGCCUUACACUUAUGUCUGUGGUCGUCUUUGUGGGAGUCAAAUAUGUCAACAAGCUUGCUCUCGUAUUCCUGGCUUGUGUCUUUCUGUCCAUCCUCUCCAUCUACGCUGGAGUCAUCAAAACCAUCUUUGAACCACCUGACUUCCCUGUUUGCAUGUUGGGGAAUCGCACCCUGCAGAACCACAACUUUGACAAAUGUCUUAAGACUGACAUAAUCGAUAAUGUGACCGUUAUUACCCAGCUGUGGAAGUUGUUCUGUGAGGGUCCUGAGCUCAAUGCUACCUGCAACGAAUAUUUCCAGAACAACAACGUAACCAAGAUCCAAGGCAUCCCUGGACUUACAAGUGGAGUCAUUUCAGAUAACAUGUGGUCAGUGUAUGGUCCUCUGGGUUUGUUGGACGAAAACAAGAAAUUGUCUUCUGCGGGAGGAAGUGAUGCCACCCAGGAUAUCUACAUGCCAUAUGUGGUCAAUGAUAUCGCUACCUUCUUCACGCUGCUUGUGGGAAUCUAUUUUCCCUCUGUCACAGGAAUAAUGGCCGGUUCAAACCGAUCAGGUGAUUUGAAGGAUGCCCAAAAAUCCAUCCCAAUUGGAACCAUCCUGGCCAUCUUUACCACUUCUAUUAUCUAUUUUAGCAGCGUGAUGCUAUUUGGUGCCUGCAUUGAAGGCGUUUUGCUCCGAGACAAGUUUGGCGACUCUGUGAAAGGAAACCUCGUUAUCGGCACGCUGUCUUGGCCCUCACCGUGGGUGAUUGUCAUUGGCUCCUUCUUCUCCUGUUGUGGUGCAGGAUUGCAGAGUUUGACCGGGGCACCGCGCCUCUUACAGGCCAUCGCACGAGACGGCAUUGUACCUUUCUUACAGGUGUUUGGACAUGGGAAGGCUAACGGAGAACCUACCUGGGCUCUCCUGCUGACUGCCGGGAUCUGUGAGAUUGGAAUCCUUAUUGCUUCUUUGGAUGCUGUUGCACCGAUCCUCUCCAUGUUUUUCCUUAUGUGCUACUUGUUCGUCAACCUGGCCUGUGCAGUCCAGACUUUACUGCGAACGCCCAACUGGAGACCACGCUUCAAAUAUUACCACUGGACUCUGUCCUUCCUGGGAAUGAGCUUGUGUCUCGCUCUCAUGUUCAUUUCCUCCUGGUAUUAUGCCAUCGUUGCCAUGGCCAUCGCUAGCUGCAUCUACAAGUAUAUUGAAUACAGAGGGGCAGAGAAAGAAUGGGGGGAUGGCAUUCGUGGAUUGUCACUAAACGCAGCUCGCUUUGCCCUCAUUCGUCUGGAGGAAGCUCCCCCACACACCAAAAACUGGAGGCCUCAGUUGUUGGUGCUCUUGAACCUGGACUCAGAUCAAGCAGUUAAACAUCCUCGCCUGCUGUCCUUCACCUCUCAGCUGAAGGCGGGAAAAGGUCUCACAAUAGUUGGGAAUGUACUCGAGGGAACCUUUCUGACCAAAGAGACAGAGGCAAAGAAGGCAGAACAGAACAUCAAGUCUUCUAUGUCGGCAGAGCGGACCAAAGGUUUCUGCCAUGUUGUCGUGUCCUCCAACCUCCGAGAUGGCGUCUCUCAUCUGAUCCAGUCAGCCGGGUUGGGAGGCAUGAAGCAUAACACGGUCCUAAUGGCCUGGCCCGGAACCUGGAAGCAAUCAAAUGAUCCACAAUCAUGGAGAAACUUCACAGAGAGCAUACGGGAGACCACAUCUGCCCACCAAGCCUUGCUUGUGGCCAAGAACGUGGACAGUUUCCCAACCAACCAGGACCGCCUGGGCGAGGGCACCAUUGACGUGUGGUGGGUGGUGCAUGACGGAGGCAUGUUGAUGCUGCUGCCCUUCCUGCUGCGACAGCACAAGGUGUGGAGGAAGUGUAAGAUGCGCAUCUUCACUGUGGCCCAGAUGGAUGACAACAGUAUUCAGAUGAAGAAAGAUCUGCAGACCUUCCUCUACCACCUGCGACUGAAUGCAGAGGUGGAAGUGGUAGAAAUGCACGAUAACGACAUCUCAGCCUUCACCUAUGAGAAGACUCUGGUGAUGGAGCAGCGCUCACAGAUGCUGAAACAAAUGCAGCUUUCCAAGACCGAGAGGGAGAGAGAGAUUCAAAGUAUCACAGAUGAAUCGCGUAACUCCAUCCGGCGGAAGAACCAAGGAGCUGCACAGACAAGCAGACAGUCCUCACCAACAGAGGACACACAGGAGGAUGAGGCCCAACUCAUCCAUGACAGAAACACGGCCUCUCACGCCGCUACCAACGACAAGUCAGAAAUUGGACCGGACCGAGUUCACAUGACCUGGACCAAGGAGAAACUUUUCGCCGAGCGUAGUCGCAACCGCGAGUGCAACUCCAGCGUGGCCGUAAGAGACCUGUUCAACAUGAAGCCAGAGUGGGGGAGCCUCAAUCAGACCAACGUGCGUCGUAUGCACACCGCCAUCAAGCUGAACGAAGUCGUGGUCAACAAGUCACAAGGAGCACACCUGGUUCUCCUCAACAUGCCUGGACCACCCAAGAACCGAGGGGGAGAUGAAAAUUACAUGGAGUUCUUGGAGGUUCUCUUAGAAGGUUUGAAUCGAGUCCUGCUGGUCCGAGGUGGCGGCCGUGAGGUCAUCACCAUCUACUCUUAGAAAGGUCGCCGCCCUCUGAUGCACACGUGGGGAAUUACAGUCAGCGGGGAUUUACGUCCCGGACAGGAAGUUAGCGAUGUCAUGAUGGAUCCAUGCGAGGUCAGCAGGACCUCCAACAACAGAGACGAUUCCUGCGCCGAGAAAACAGAAAUAGACACUUUAUAUUUUUAUCCAUCACGUUACUAUGUUACGUUUCACUUUCUUGUUGUGUUCCACCUCGUCGUCUUCCUGACACUUUUCUCCACCCAAACCUUCACGCUCACAAAACAAGUACAGUACGUCAGGCUCCCGCAUGUUCACACAGUUCUUUGUUUAAAACAUUGUUUUUCAUGGCAAUAUGGUUGGAUGGCGCUAUCUGCAGGUGAAAAUAUGCUGCAGAUUAGAAUCCAACAGAGGGCGCUGUCUCACAAGGUAAUUUAUUCAACCUUUUGCAUUAGGAAGAUGCUUUAACAAGACGUGAUGUUUGUAAGUACACCUUUUUAAAAUACUGUAUGCAUAUUUAAUAGGUACAAUAUUGUAUACAUAUUUGGUAAGUACAAUACUGUGUAUAUGUAUAAUUAAAAUACUGUAUACACAUUUAAAAUGUACAAUAUUGUAUACAUAUUUGAUAAGUACAAUACUGUAUACAUGUCUUUCUUUGCUAAUGUAUAAAACUUGUUUUAAGAACAGUGAGAGGCAUAUUUAAAUAAAACGUUUUUAGGACCUUUUUUUUUUUUUGGAGGGUGGGGAGGGUAAUCUAGGUACAGUAGGGAAGGGAUUUAUAUGACCCCAUUUCUGGGUGGAUCUCGCAUGAGAGGAAGGUAGAGGGGGCUUAAUCAUUUUGCAAUGCAGUCUGCUGAAAAUGAGGGAAAGCGGCACUCUACAUAGUAGCUUACGUUGAGGGCAAAGUUGAGAUUGCCGCAAAACCCAUUUUUAAAAAAAUCCUCUUCCUGCUGUGCAUAAUCCACAAGCAAGGAUAUUGUCAGUUAUAUAUUUCACAUAUUUUAGUCUCUCGGAACAUUCUGAAGCAUUAUGGAUAACAUUUUUAGCUUUUUUGUGUGUGUUGUAUUCACGCACACAAAAUAACUUGUUCAAUCGCGGCGUUCCAUGUAGUAGUACUACUUGCUUGUAGUAGUAAUACUACUUGCUUGUAGUAGUAAUACUACUUGGAAAGCAAUGUAGUAGACAAGUACAUUAUGCAUAAUGUCAGCACUUCAGUUGGACUAAUUAUAUUUUGGCUAAUAUUUAUCUCUGAUAGUGGGUUUUUUUUCAAAGUAAUAUUUUAUUAGUUUGAGGACACGACAGAAUUAAAUCAACACAAUCUCAAAAUGUAGUAGUACAGUAGGAGAAAGUGCCAAAAAAUUGAAAUAUCAAAUUCAUGCGGUGACAUUUUGGAAUAUGCAAAGAAAAAUCAGCUGCAGACAGAAUUUUGAACAAUGAAUAAUAAACAUUUUGUCAGCUAACACAAACUUCAUGAAUUUCAUUUUCACUUACAUUUCAUUGGUUUUAGUAUAGAAACAUCUAUUUUUCAGUGUGUCAACCUGUUAGGAAACCAAGAAAAUACUCAAAAAUACUUGUGAGGUUUGCAAAAUGUUUCUUUGCCAUUCAUAUCCUCGCAGUUUCUUUCAGUUGAGUACCAUAUUCUUUUUAUUAAGUCCUAUUUCCUUGCAGUUGUUUUAGUCUGGUGGUCAUAUUGACUUCAUAUUGUGUGUUGUUUGUUGUGUUUUUCUUCAGUUGUUGUGUAAUCACAUUGUCACACACUCUAGUGCAGGAGGGUCUAACUUUUUCCACCCAAAAAAAGUAUCUUUGCUGCAUAAAAGUAGUUUAUAAAAUACAUGAUUUCAGUUAUUGAUAAACUGAAACAUAUUUGUUGUUGUGUUAUUGCUGAUAAAGUAAUUUAAGAAAGGAUAAAAUGCACUUUGGACCCUACUGCUUUAGUGUGAACUUGUGUGUGUAAAUUUGUAUCAACCGAGGCAGGAAGGAAGUUUAUGGAGAUUAAUCUAUUUGACUUUUACUUGUCCAACUCACUUUUUACUAAACAUUCAUGCCAUGUUGUUGAUAACUGACAUUUUUUAUCUUUCUUUGUUGCUUUUAGCCUCAGGUGGAAGAAAUAAAAACGGUCUAGUUAAAAAAAAUUUAAAAAAAGGAGCCCCAACCCAAAUUAUAUACGUUUAUUUUUGUCUUUAAUUGUGUUGCCGAGCUCAGUGGCACUCAAACGUCAUCAAAUAUUUAUCAUAAACAAAAAAACAGGAAUAUGAUAUCUACCUCAAAAGGCAAAUCAAAAACUCACUGAAACAAUUUGUUUCACCAAAAAGGGAAAAAGAAUUAGAAAAGUCUAGAAGGCGAUGAAAAAGUGUGUUUGUGUGAAUGUGCAAAUGUUUGUGUCUUUGUGUGUACGUGCGGCCUUACAGGCUGUGAAAGAAAUCACAUUGUGUGGGAGCAUACAGAAAUAUUAUAGUAGCUUUGUUAUUAAAUUAUAUUUGUGCCUCAAGUAAAUAUUAAAAAAGUGCUGAAAUCAAAGUCGAAGUUGUCUGUCUGUU